UCCAUCCGACAUCUGUUUUUGUCACUGAAAACACACUUCGCUUAUAUUAUUACAUUCAAUACCAACCCUCCCUCCUCCUUCAGCCGUGUCCUACUAAAAUUUUCCAACUUUACCAAGUUUCUCCUCCAUUGACCAUUCCCAAUGAUGCUCCUCUGAUGGGAAGAGCAGGAAGCUCCGGUACAGCUCCAUCUUGCAUGGAUCUCUCCAGCUUAGAGUCUCGCUAUCUUGAUUCCUGCUGUAGGCAUGAAGUGCCACCCAAUUCUGAAGUGCUAUCAUGUUUCUCCAAGGCCAAAACACAAAAGUGUUGCCGGAGGAAGUGUAGCAUUGUGGUUUCAUUAAAUCAGCUUAAGGAUGAUGAUAUUUCUCCUCUGAUUGAUGCAUUCCUGGCAGUAGACUCUUCUGAUAUUGAUGCUGUUGACAUACUUCAUGAAUCACCGUGCAAUUUGAACGAAGAACAUAUUAUGUCCUUGUUGCAUGCAAUUAAUCUAAAACUCAGAAUUGUUGAUCUCCAGGACAUGUCAUUGGAGCAGGAUUUAUUGUGGGAUAUAUGUCAGCAUGGCUUAUCUUGUGAAAUUUUGAACUUGAGGUCCACCCACAUCCAAAAAUUGAACCUUGUUGGAAAUUUUACACGAUUACACACUUUAAAUUUGGACUUUUGUACUUCAAUAACUAGUUUGCAUAGUGACUGUUUUUCAUGCAUGCCGAAUCUGAUGCGUCUUUCAAUGUGUGAGACAAGAGUAGUUGAUCUCUGGACAACCACUGCCGCUUUAUUGAAACUUCCUUCUUUGGUAGAAUUACGGUUCCAGAAUUGCUUGUGUUGCAAGGACACUGGGCCAUGUCCUGCAUCAUUUGGCAAGAAGGGAAAUACUGCAUGCGAGAAACUUGGUUUGGCUCAAUUGAAUAUGGGUUCACUCAUUGAACCCCUACCUUUCAAUGCUGAAGAUACUCUUAUUCAAGUUUCUCAUGCUGAUGGGUUACAUAGCAACUUGCUUUCUCCCCCAAGUGCAUUAAUGAUUAAUGAAGUCCAUACAGGAAGCAAUGAGGUUUCAGUUGCUAGUGAAACUGACAUUUCAAGCUGCCUUCAGAACAUUGGUUUGCUAGAACUAUCAUCUAAUGUUCUUCCCAAUUUGAAUGAAAAAGUGAAAUUGCAAAAUGAGAUUGAAGACAUACAUGAGUAUAUUGCAAGUGGUUGCACAUGGGAUUUGAAGAAUAGCACUACUGCAUUGAAGAACUAUAGUUCACACCAUCCAUCACCUAUCUGCUUUGAGAAACAUUAUAGGGAGUACAUAAUUGUGUCAUUGCCUCAUUUGAAGGUUUUAGAUAAUUUGCCCAUUGGACAGAUGGACAAGAAAAUGGCCAGGAUCAUCUUUUCAAAAUACUAUGAGUACUUACCCUAUAACCAACAGCACAAAGAAAGUGUUGCUAGCAUCCUGCAGAAACGUGAAAUAGGAACAUGUGGUGCCUGCUACCAAAAUUUCUGCAAGCCAAAGGAGAAAUAUCUGUAUCAAAAGAGUCAAUAUGUCUUUCAACGGGCUCUUACUGCUGCCAAAUUUGGGUCUGCUGCAUGGCCACAUUUGCAUCCUUUGUAUAACUUAAGCAAUUUGAAUAAAGAAGGAAGUGAGCAGCUUCGUCCUAGGCAGUUUGAAUAUCAUCCAUCUGAUCCUAGUCUUAUGGUUUUUGGGACUCUAGAUGGUGAAGUAGUUGUCAUGAAUCAUGAAAAUGGGAAGAUUGUUGGUUUUAUUCCUUCAACAGGAACAAUGAACAGUGUUCUGGGUCUCUGUUGGCUCAAGAUGUAUCCAUCAAAGCUGAUAGCUGGUUCUGAUAAUGGUAGCUUGAAGUUGUUUGACAUCAAGUAUAUGCUACCAAAAGUUGCAGACGUAAAUUGCAGCAGUGGAGUUGUCAGUUUUGAUGAUUUUGAGCCAUUGACUUCUGUUCAUGUCAAUUCCACGGAUGAUCAGUUUCUUGCUAGCGGGUACUCAAAGGAUGUUGCUCUGUAUGAUAUCAAUAGUAGAAGACGAAUACAGCUGUUUACUAAUAUGCAUCGAGAACCUAUAAAUGUUGCUAAAUUUUCUCACCAUUCUCCAUUCAUAUUUGCUACUUCUUCAUUUGACCGUGAUGUCAAGCUCUGGGAUUUGAGGCAAAAGCCGGAGCAGCCCUGCUAUACAGCUUCAAGUUCAAGAGGAAAUGUGAUGGUUUGCUUUUCUCCCGAUGACCAAUAUCUGCUUGUUUCAGCUGUUGACAACGAGGUUAAGCAACUUUUGACGGUAGAUGGGAGGCUUCACAUGAAUUUUGAGAUAACUUCCACCGGGAGUGCUCAUAACUAUACUCGAUCCUACUACUUGAAUGGAAGAGACCACAUCAUAAGUGGAAGCUGUGAUGAAAACGUUGUCCGUGUCUGCUGUGCACAAACUGGAAGGCGAGUCAAGGACAUUUACUUAGAGGAUAGCGACUCGGGAAAUUCUCUGUUCGUGCAGUCCUUAAGGGGCGAUCCUUUUAGGUUGCAUACUAGUUUUUCUGUAAGCACCAGGAAUGAAGAGAAAGUUAUCAAAUUUUUAUGCUUCUUUACUAUUCCUUUGUUUGGGAAAUUGUUAAUUGUGUUCUUGAAAGCAGCUAUUUCACAUGAGUGUCCUAGCUGCCUCCAAGCGUCCAAGCUCCAAAUGCGAGAUCAUCAAGGUCAAUUUACUCUCUUCCAGUCACUCUGCCAAAGGAUAUUCUUAUGGUCAAAACAUCCGUACUUCCUUCGGUCUGGGAGGUUGACAUGGGUAUCAUUUCGGGAGGUUGACAUGGGUAUCAUUUCGUUUCCCUCUUUAUGGUAUGUGUAGUUUGUACAAAUGCGAGGAUUGGAAAUGUCAUGUUUUGUUUUGGAAGUGUCAUGGCAGAGCUGUGCUGCUGUCACUUGCGUAUCGUCGGUGCUGCAACUCUCAGCUUCUUGAAUGUGUAGUUAAAACUGUUCAUAUGCUUGGAUGUAAUUAGAUUCAUUCAACUGAAGAUCCAUAUAAAUGUCAAUAUAAUACAUCAGUGAUAACUAAUCUGAUUCUGCAUUUGAUUACA